AUGAAAUUACUGGUUUGUUAGGCUAAAGUAAUAGUAUCUUGUGAACUCCAUCAAAAUCAACUCAAAGACUAUUAUUCAUAAGAGUCAUGCUAGUAUGAUUUUAAAAUUAUUUAACUCAUACCUGGAGAAAUUGGUGUAAAAUUUAAAUUUAGGUUCAAAUUUGAUAGAGAAUAUUAUUUAAUGUGCACAAAGUUUAACUCAAAAUUGUAUUUUUUAUAAAUCAUAUGCAAGAAGAUUAAUAGAAUUAAAAGGAAAAAUAUUUGA